AAAGAGCGAGACUCAAAUGGAAGGAGCCGAAAGAUCUUGUCUUAUCGCGUUGUUCACCACGUCGGAUCAAAAAUUUGAUGGGGUUGGAUGGAAAAUCUCACUCUUUAUGCUUUGUCUAUCAAGAAGUUUCUUGCUAUUUUUUAAAAAUGAUGAAGGGAAAUAAAUUCGAUCAAGAAUUUCACGCGCAAAGGUCCACGACCUGGCUCUGGGUUCAUUUCUUUUCAUCACACGGACACUUCGAAGCUCUGCCACUUGAAUUUCAUUCUGUGAGUGCGCAGAGUCAAAAGAUGUCCUAUAACAAAAGAGCUGCUGGGUGUCUCGGCAUCCGUUUCGUCUCGGUGUCGUGUCAAUUUUAGUGGCACACAACUUUUUGCGUUUAGAAGUGUACUACUCCUGCAAAUUAUUCCAUUUUCUUUGCAAACGAGUUUUUCCUACACCAGCACGAGAAUGAUGAUUCCCUUGACCAUAGAAUACUUGCACUGACUCUUCAGUGACGAGACUUUUACUCAUGCACCACC